ACUCAGAUUGACGUCCAAGCAGCGAAGGAGACACUCAGUAGAGGUAAAGGCAUACGCAAAGCCUGUAACUCAUGUCGAGUAGUGCAGGUGCUCAGGCCAGAGAUCUGGCUGUGAUAGGUGCAGAGAUAAGGACCUUGAGUGUGUCUACGAAGAGUCUUCAACUAGGACAAAGAGAAGAUUCGCUACACAGGCGCGUAGCCUUGCCAGCCCAAACGGCGAUAUCAUGACCUCGGGCAUAGGAGACCUAGACGGACCACUUACUCUCGGGACUGCUGGCUGGAAUGAGUCCUCUGAAGGACAAUCGCCGAACCGUGGCAUGAGUGAAGUAGAGCUUGGCAUUGGAUCUUUGACGGACUUCCCGGUCCCACCAUCCAUCAUUCCCGGUGCGGAUAUCAAUCACGAUCGUGUUGAUUUUGACCCCAACAAUACGGGUACAAGCUCACCCGGAUCAUUUGACUUCGAAUCAUACUUCAACACGUCUGACCGAGGCAGCGGGGAUGACUUCCUCAAUACAUACGAUUUGGAUGGUAUGGACAUACACUCCUCAAUACACCAAGAUGAACCAUUUCCUUUUGCUGCCGAAAUUUGCGCACAGCCUACAUCGAUAGGGGUAGCUUGCAUGCAACCACCCAAAGAGCUGGAAACAUACGACCCCAAUAGACUGCAAGUACUUGAAUACGAGCCCGAAUCUUGUGUCAAAGACCGCGAUGCGCGGGACGUAUCGUCGAACACCAUCGUUGGCGAAGCGGCUUCAGCUCCUACCCGAGAACAGCCAUGUUCUCCAAGCUCUACCGAGGCCUCCUCCAGCUAUGCCUCUCAUACUAGAUCACUUAGGUCGUUGACGUCGAGGUCAUCCGCGUCGUCGACAUCCCUUUGCGACUGUAUGGCACAAGCAACUUCCUUGCUUGAGGAGUUAGAAGUCAUCAUGACACAAGGUCUUACGCAGCCGGAUCAUUCGCUCAAAGUCCAUCGCCAAGCGAUGUCCUAUACUACGGACAUUCUCGAUUGUACUAUCUGCCGAAAGUCACAUUCCUUGAUCACCUUGUUAGUGCUAGUGGCGGCGCGCUUGGUUGAAAUUAUCAGCCCCAUGUGCGAAACCGUGAGCACGAACACACAAUUGAAACUUGGAGAAUACGACGUGGAUCCUCACGAGGAAUGGCCUGAACUUGCUCGAUGUCUGAUAUCAAUGCAACUUGGAAAGUUGCGAGAUGUGCUCAGGAGGUUGUGGUCUGUUUCCGAUGGUCCGUCGUACGAUAUGCAUCGUAAGAUGCUUUCUCGUGCUUGUGAUGGCUUUCGCGAAUGUUGGGUUGAUCUCAAGGGCUGACGAACAAGUCGAAGACAUAAAUUGUGUGUUCAUGUACGCUCGCUUGAACUGAAUGAGGUAUGGCUGGCCGAGUCCGGCGCUGUCUGGCAAGAUUACAUCAUGCACGAAGUCUUUCUAUUGUUCACAUGCCACUGAGUGAGAUGUAGCUACGACGGACCUUUCAAAUGAUGUGAAAAAAAACUGGCUAUAUACUCCUAAGACAUUGUCUCUUUGGAACAAACGCGUGCCAAGAACGU